AUGCCGGUUCUUCCCUGGCUAAUCUUUAGCGGAGCUUCACUCAGCACAUCAUACCCUGCAGUGUUCGACUCAUUAGUGCGUGGAGGCCAUACGGGGGUGGCAGGAAAGCCGCGUCCAGCAGUGGUUUCAGCAACAGAUCUCGGUUCGCCUGGAGUUUCGGACCUUCAGGGCCAACUCAACGUUCUAGUUGUGGGAUUCAAGGCUGCUCACUAUGAUGAUAUGAAUUCUUGGAUACCCUUUACAAACAAGAUAAAGAGGGAAAUUGUGGAUAAGCACAGCCUUGAUAUCUCACAGGUUCAGUCAUACAGGCUGGUCGUAAGGCACCGUGCGGGCGUGUUGCUCCGUUGGUGGACAGACGAGAGACUCCGUUUCGCAGUAGGCACCGGGGAUUCCGAUCCAAGCACGCCUACAGCAGAGAAGAUCGUCCAGAACGUCGAAAGGACACAUUUGGGUGCUGAAAGAGGAGGUCUAGAUGCUGCUGUUGAGCAAAAUGCAUGUAGCAAGGUUGAGUCGCCAGAAAGUUCCUUCUCAGGCCAAACACCUGAGGAAAUUCGUCUGUCAAGACUGCAAGAAGUCCGAUCUCGCACUCUAGUGUGCUUCACAGAUAAGAGCGCAUUUGUGGAUGCACUUCAGCUGGCGGACGCUCAGCGGGUUUACAUCUUUCUUUUAGACAAGGAAGGGGAAAUCUCAUGGUGCGAGCAUGAGCAGUACUCGGCGAACAAAGAAGUGGAGAUCCGUGAACUUCUGCAGUUACCGAAUGCAACAGGCCCUCCCCUGCUCACUGGCUCGGAUGUGAGUCGGUUUAGGGCCGUGCUACCCUCAACAGAUAGUGCUGCGGAGAGUAGGCAAGGCUAG